AUGCCCGACUUUUCGAAGGCCUGCGUGCGAGCUGCGCUUUGUGCCGACCGCGCUGCCUUUGUCGCGCAGCGCGAGUGGCGGCAGCUGCCCGUCGCUCCGCUGCUGCCCUCGGGCGACCCAACCACGCGAGUCCACGUCCUCGCCGCCUCGACCAGGGGUGUCGCGGCUUCCGACGCCGAGAGCUCCGGCGGCGAGGGGCAGCGGCCGACUGCAAUCGUGCAAGGGGUGGUGGUAGAGCUGAACACGCCCGUCUCUUGGCUGUACGAGGCGUGCUCCCACCCGGACGGCUUUCUAUACGUGCAGUGCCAGCUUCCACGCCGCACCCUCAGGGCUGACGAAUAA